CCGAUGCGCCUGCGCCUGUGCAUUAAGUGCAUUGCACAGGCGUAUCGCUUGCUUGAAUGGCACUCCGCGAUAACAGUGAUUUACGUGUAUUCACGGCUAAGUUCGCGAUCUUGCGCCGCUUUGCGGCGCUAUACGAUAUUUGCACAUGAUAUGACUGCAUGACGUGUCGCCUUGCAUUCUAAAUCUGGCAUGUCUAGCUUCACAUGGUGUGUAAAUUGUCUGGGCUUGGUGUCAAAGUUUUCAAAUCAAGCAGAUUGAAUAAGUACGUCGGGCAUGGCUGAUUCCGAUGACGAUGACGUUCUGUUCUCCAAGUCCCGGACCAAUCAGCAAACACGGGGGCUGCUGGGAAAUGGGGUCAAGAAUGUGGACGAUGUUAUGAACGGUCCGAAGGAGGACAGACGGUUGAAGAGGACUUUGGCACUCUGCGCUGCCUUCCUCAGUCUGGGUUUGGCUAUCGCUGUUCUGGGUCCAACCUUAGUGGCACUCAAGGACCAGCUGGCUGUCAGCCUCCCCAAAAUCUCCUACGUCUUCGUAGGCCGUAGCAUUGGUUACCUGGCUGGGUCCGUGGUCGGUGGGGUGACGUUUGAAUGGUUCCACCCCUCCUUGCUGAUGGCUGUGUCUCUGCUGGCAAGUGGGAUUGGGCUAAUUGUCGCACCGUUUUGUCACACCCUCUGGAUUCUGGCAGCUGUCAUCUCAGUGGUGGGUCUGGCUAUGGGAGCUCUAGACACGGGUGCCAAUGUGGUUUGUCUGCGUCUUUGGGGUAAGCGUUCAUCCCCUUUCCUCCAAGCACUCCACUUUUGCUUUGCUGUUGGGGCAUUUCUAGCCCCACUGCUGGCCGCCCCUUUCAUCCCUACUGACAUCAUCUUGGCUACUAAUAGAACGGCAGCAGUCCCAAAGACAUCGUUUGUCCACACAUGGGGAGAAGCAGGGACGACAAAACCAGUAGAACAAACAACGUUGUUAGAGAAUGCUUCAACCGUCACCAUAGGAGAGACAACAAUCAGCACCACUGCGACCAGCAUGACCAGUGCAAAGUCCGCCACCAUGACCACAGCCAUCACUACAAAGGACACCACAGUUAACAAUGUACAUGAAACCACCACCGCAAAAGAUACGACAGUUGCCCCCAUGGAGGGCGCCACAGCUAACGGCAUAGAAAACGCCACAACUACACAGACAACAGAAAGGGAGGAAUCAAACAUGUCAAACCAGACAGUUCAAACUGCUGUCUCAACAGGAAAUUCCACAGUUGCCACAACCAAGGGCGCUAGAAACAUCACAACAACACCGACGACAGGGACAGAGGAAUCAAAUCAGACAGCGGUUACUACUUCUGUUUCAACAGCUAAUCCCACUUCUGAAAGUCAAGUUGAGGUUUCUUCAGCGGUACCCCCAGGCCAGUUUCGAAAUGUGUACAUCAUAAUAGGAGUCUUCAGCAUGCUGGUAUCGACGAGUUUCUUCUACUUCUUCUGCACAUCCCCAGUCAGACCACCACCAUCAUCAACUCCGGGGCAGUAUGGAGACAGAGAGUCCAAGAACAUGGAUUUCAAGUACACUGUCCUGGGCCUGAUGUUCCUAUUUUACUUCCUGUAUGUUGGGGCCGAGGUCACCUUCGGUGGCUACAUCUUUACCUUUGCCACCCAAGCCCAGGACGGGAAACUGAUGAAUGAGACUUCCGCGUCCUUGCUGAACUCUGCCUUCUGGGGGUCCUUUGCUACCGGCCGGGGCCUGUCCAUCUGCCUGGCCAGUGUUCUUGAGCCUCAUAUGAUGCUGAUCUUAGACAUGGUCGGCUGCAUCGCUUCCUCAAUUGCCUUGUCCUGGUGUGGGGAUACCAACAGCAUAGUGCUCUGGGUGGGGACAGUGGUGCUGGGACUGUCCAUGGCAUCCUUGUUCCCAGCUGGUAUCUCUUGGCUGGAGUCCUACCACAGAGUGACAGGGAGCAUGGCCACCAUCCUGGUUGUUGGCUCCGCUUUUGGUGAGAUGGUCUUCCCUCUGCUAAUGGGGUGGAUGUUACGCAAGAAGGACAUCAGGGAGGGAUCAGGCUUCCUCCAGACAGGUCCCAUUGGCCUAAUGUACUUCAUGCUAGCGACCUCGGGCUUAACGGCCAUCAUCUUCAUUGUGAUGCAGUACCUUGCCAAACAGCACGGGGUGGAGCAGACAAAGCCUGGGACCUCAAACCCGGCCCAGGAUCUCAAGCUGGGUUUACAUGAGGCCAUCAACAUGGAGGAAUUGAUUCCUAGAGGGAAUGCCAAACAAAGCUCCAAGCCAAUCAUUCCCAAACCUCUACGCAUCAAGAAACAUACUGAAUGAAUAUUCCAAAUUCAUCUUGUAGUAAGAGGAUUUUGGAGUGGUGUCCUUUAAAAGCAAAGCUCUUGUUAUCCAUGUUCACACAUCCUGUUAGAUUUGGUUAAAUUCCUUGUCCACGUCUCCUGGUCAGUAAAUAAAUUGACUACAACUACAUGUAGGAGCACUUGUUCAACAGAUAGUAAUCUAAUGCAUGUGCCUCAGUUCUGUGUCUCAAUGACCAGGGGUUAAGCUUUUCCUCUUUACUUGUUGAACAUUUGGCAGUGAACUUGGCCAAAGUGUUCGAAUUCAACAUUGGUCACACUCUAUGUUUGCCUUAGCUGUUGGUAUACAUGUCAUUUCUUCAAUUCCUGGCUAUGUAUUUGUUUUGACGGUUUGUUCCUGGGCGGUUGGAGACAAAAUACAUAUAUGUGGCUCAAGCAUUGCAUACUUUGGUUUCAAGGCAAAUGGAAUCCAAAGUUGGGUGAUGCUUCGGGGUCGAGCUUUAUUUGAUAAAUUUCCACGCUUUCUUAUAACUUAAGUGAGUAAUGCAGGUGCAUUUUGGCCUUUUCAUCAAAGGCCAAUGUCUACAAAUAUACCCCAAUACACCGAUCCACCGAGAAUUCAUUUUACCAAGAUGAUGGUACCAAACUCACACAUACAUGCAUAAUACACAUACAGUUGCAGGUGCAUGUGACUUGUGGUGUGAGGUAUCUAUGCACUUUGAAAAACCACAAAACCCUGUUGGUCAAAGAGGCACGGGAAAACCUUCCAACGAUCUGCGCAUAACUUUAAUAAUUGGACCCGAAUGGUUUCUGAGUCUAAAUGCAGUACAUGUCAUCUGUUUCGUUGAGCCAGGGUGAUAAAUCGAAGUACUUUACUGAUUGAGAAUACGUCCAAAACCCCACGUGUACUGCGGAUCACGAGAACAUGACUGAUGUAUUGGCGUGACUUUGUGUACAAGGUUGUACAGCCACGCUGGUGAUGUGCCGUGGGGAAGCAUAGUGAUGCACUAUUUCUGCUGCAACCGCCAUUUUGUUCAGAACGUUGCCUGUUCCUGUUUUUGACUGAGCCAAUUUCGCUGUAAUUUCGCCUUAACGGUGUCGGCGGAUGGAUGCCAGCAGUUUGGUUUUUUUUUAAAAGGUUUUCUUUCGUUCCAAAACAUAGAUCAGAAAUUCGAUUUUUGUGUACGAUUUACGUAGCAUCAGCAGGGAGAAAAAUAUGGAACAUGCUUUGCGUGUGCGCAUACGGUGUUUUCCGAAUUCUGCAUCGCCACAGGCAUUGGAGACCCUGUAUUUUCAGUUGUUACCCAUUAGAGAAUGAGACACAUGUAGCUUUCUGAAAUAUCUCCUCAGAAAUUUCAAGGCAAAAUAUGGUGCUCCCUACCAUUUAUUCAUUUUUGUUCAAUUUGUUCAACUGAACACUUAGUUGGUGAAGACAAGUCUCACUGUAAUGAAACAUAUUGUGGCCCAGUAAUUCGAUGUCUUGCAUUUGUACAAUUUAUGGACGUAGUGUAACAAAGCAACACGGGCGAUUCACAAUACAGAAAAAAGCACCUCCAAGAGUUUGCAACGCUUUGGCCAAUCACGAUGCACAAAAUUUGUCGACCAAACAGAAGCGUGUUUAGUAGGGGUCGACAGAUUUUGCGCGUUGUGAUUUGCCAUCGCGUUGCAAAUUCCUGGAGGCGCACUAUCGCCCGUACACAGCCGGGCAAUAAUUGUUCACUGGAAAAUGUUACUUUGGGUUUUAGCAUUACUGAAAGAAAAUGAAAGGCUACGUGUACAUGUAUAUUUGUUAUUCCACUGUUUGACUGUGAAUUUUUAUUGAUCGAACAUUGAUCACGUGAUUUGCCGAAAGCGCGUUUACUCAGGGGUAUGCGAGUGAUAAUUACUCCGAGGUACAUGUACAUUAGUGAUGUACAUGUAUCCACUUUGAUCUUUCCAGCUGUUGAAAGUAAGAACUCUCAUUUAUACCGUGUUGUAUUAUAUUAGUGUGACCUCGAUCGGGCAUAAUAGCCACAUGUAUGCUGGUACUGCGGUGCAUCAUUCCUAGUAGAUGUACGUGUACCAUAUAGGGACACUAGUGAAGCGCUGCUACCACCGCCAUGCCGCUUUUGUUCAUAUCGUUCCUUGAUGUUUUGUUUGUCAGUUUUCCCCCAAUUUUGCCGUAAUUUCACCUCUGUAAGUUUAGAAGAUGACAACAGGUCACCUUCAAAGAGGAUGUUCCCUACCGAUUCAAAAGAUGUGAUCAGAAAAUGUGACUUUUGAAUACAUAGGACCGCAUCAGCACAAAGAAAAACACUGAACUUUUCACACAAAUUGUUCGUAAAUUCUGCUCUGCAUACCCCACAGUUCCAGCCGUUAUCAGUGACAGAAUUGGAAGGUUAACUGGCAAAAUUCUUCGGAAAUAUCAACAAGAAGAUGGUACUUCCUACCAGUUAUUUGAUUUAUUCUACGAAGCUUUUCAUUGUUGCUGACAAUUUCAAUGAAAUGCAUUGUUCUGCGAUAAAACGUACAUGUAUUUCACUUAAUACUGUUCCCUUGCUUGGUUUAAGCUAUUACCUGUUACUGUGAUAUACUGAAACAAUUGUUACUUGCUAUGAAGGGCUUUGUAUACCAUUGGAUUCAAAUGUCACCCACGAAUUGCGAACGAUGUAAUGUACGUGUACGCUGCUCCCACGAAAACACAAAUCAGUGAAAUGUCAUGAGGGCUUACCAAGUAACCCGAAGGAAAAAAAACCAAAAAACAGAUGUAGGCCUAUAUAAGAGGACAAAAUGGUGAAAGAGUCCCACCUUUUUGAUUAAGAGAUUUCUCCAUGUGUUAUAGACUAAACGCAGUUUUUCUUUAUUCCUGUGUUGUUAAUGUUGGAGGACAAAAAGUUGAGAGGUUUUAUGAUUAAUUAUGGAAGAUACACUUCAAAGACAGGUUCAUUUUUCGCGGUUAUGAGUACAUGAACAUGACGAUUGCUGAAUUAAUCAUGUAAAUAUAUGAUCUGCUUGCAAACUGCGACUACCUUUGCUUUCAGUUUGAAGCGCCUUUGUAGGUACAGUCUUCGGAAGGUGCUGCCAUUGUAUAAUGUGGGCAUGCGCAGUAUUUAGGUGCUGAUAUCGUGAGACAUACAUGUUGUCUGUUCACUGUCCUUCCGUUGGUAUUGAAACUGUUUUAUAUACUUCGAGAUUGUUAUUUUUUGUCGUUUGAAUGGCCUUAUACAGUUACACAGUCUUUGUUGCAUUAACUAUGGUUAAGAACAAGAGAAAUUUAACUGAAUCUUAGUGUCUGUUCUUGGAUUUUAGGGGAUUUUAUUUUUGAAGGAAUCGAUUUCAUAAGAAUCAGUGUCAAGAAGUUGAAACAAAGCAGCUGCUGAUUGCAGGAGAUAUUUCUCCUUUGCUUCUUAAUCCUUUAAGCGUUGUCAAUUGGUUUCAAAUUUAUACAUGUACAAUGUAUAUUGUGAUUCAAUUUGUAAAUAAUUGUUAAUAUUUCACAGAGCGUUGUAUUAACUUCUUAGAUUUCUUAAAGUGGGAAGUUUCACUACAAAUUAAAUCAAAAUCAAGAAAUACAUGUACAGUGUACAAGCGAAGAGGUUACAUACACCUGCACUGAAAAGAUUCCAUGACAGUCUUUCAAACCUGAAUAUUGUUCCCCCAAUCAAAUGCGUUCUGUGACCGGUAGAAACGAAUAGGCACUCCAUUAUACCAGUUUCAACCCAACUUCGGUUUACAGAAUAUAUGCUUUUUUUUAAACCUUACGUCAAAAGGUGUUGAAAUGUGCUUGGUCAGAAGUGUGCAUCUGCCGUCAGUAUUUAGUAACUUAAUGUUUAGCCCUAUAACAGCAAAUACGCAAUAUUUGUAGCCAUAUACAUACUUGUGGCAGAAAUCUAGCGAGAUUUCUGGCCACAUCUGGGUGCAUCCGGGUUCAUCUGGGACCUUUUUCUUCAGCUCUUUCCCGGAUGUUCUCAAUAGGGUUCAGAUCAGGGAUCCGGGAAGUUCACUCAGAGAAUUAAAUUUGCUCUUUUUGCUCCUAAAGUCGUGGUGUCUUGCUGGAAGAGCUAGUUUGCGCCAAGAUACAUGUACACCUUCUGGCAGGUGACCAGAUUUUCCCUGGUGAUUUGAAAAUAGCCGCCAUUCUUCAUGAUUAUCCAACUUUUUGAGUGUCCCAGAUCAUUCGUAGCAUUGCAGCCCCCGGGGGGGGGGCAUGAUACUGCCACCGUCAUGCCUGGCAGUUGUUAUGCUGUUGGGAUCGAACGCUUCUGUACUUUCCACCAAACUUCAGAAUUUCAUCACCGGUGUUCAAUUGUCCUUAUCAGCUCAUAGAACCUAUCUGUAGAAGUCAUUCCUUUAUUGAUCUUGGCCGAAACUUGAAUCAAACUUGGAUGUGGGCCUAAAUUUGAAGAAGACGGUUGUUUAUUACAUGGUAGGUCCCGAUGAGCCCGCAUUACUCCCGAAAAAGAAAACACAUUUUUUUUUGCGUGUACUUUUCGAUCACAAGUAGGAAAUAGUUUGGGCUUUUAGACCUUCAUGCUGUGUAGACUGUUUUGAAGGAUUUAGACUUGCCACACAGUGUUUGUACAGAUUGCCUUGCAAUGGAGAGGUUUUUUUGAAAACUCUUCCAAUGAUUCGGAUUGAAGAGAAAAAGAGAGAACGUUUUGAACACAUUUCUACGAAAGGGUAGAUAAAAUUAUGCUGAAUCUGACUUAUCAAGAUGUAAAGACGAGAGCCCGCCCAUAGCUAUCUGUUUUAGCCAGUGAAACAAUGACCCGGGGAAUAUCUUUUGGCCCAAAACGUCGUCAUGUUCUCAACGCAGGUGCACAUAAAUAUUAGGCUGCAACUGUAGAAGCCAGUGCUGUUAAAUGUAACUGUCCGUUACAUGGCUCUGUGACAGACGGGGCGACCUCUCAAAAUGCAUGAAUGUCUGAAGAUAAACGCCGCAUGCAUGGUGGCACUGCCGUUAUGGCGUCGCCUCUGAUUUAUACUUGAUCAGAGAUUUGGCAAUUAGGCCUCACUUGGCCUUUGAUAACGAUUGGGCCCAUGCCAUUGUUUUGGUCUUCCCUAUGGUUAGGCCUGUGUAUUGUUAAGCCAACUGAAUGUGUCAGUCAUCUUUCCUGCGUCAGCAUUGACUUGGCAAGUGUUUACGAUUUGCUCCAAGUAUUAGUGACCUGGCUUGUCAUUUGUCAGUGAUAACAUUAAUGACUCAAUUCUUGUUAACAUGUAAUCACCUUUUAGAUAAUGCUAAUGAUAGUGCUCUUUUCUGAUCUCGUUAAAGAAAGGAUUGAUUGGUAUGCACAAGGAAUGUCCGUUAGUUGCUCUUAAUGAUAUUUGAUAAUUUGGGUGCAGUAUUUUUCAGGAUGAUGCCUCUCUUGAACUUAGCUUGUUUGAAUAAAGUUUACAAUCAAGCGGGA